UUUCCAAUCGGCAAGCAGCAGGGUUCAUUGGCUGCAAUGAUGGGGGCAGAGCCUUAGGUCGCUGUGAGAUCCUUACAGGUUAAAGCAAAGGAGUAAACGUGAGCCAAGCAGCCGAGGGAGGGUCUUUGCGCAGGCCCCCACAUCCUUCAGAAUGACGUUGGACGUGGGGCCAGAGGAUGAACUCCCAGACUGGGCUGCGGCCAAAGAGUUUUACCAGAAGUACGACCCCAAGGACAUCAUUGGCAGAGGAGUGAGCUCUGUGGUCCGCCGCUGUGUCCAUCGAGCUACUGGUGAUGAGUUUGCAGUGAAGAUCAUGGAGGUGUCAGCUGAACGGUUGAGUCUUGAGCAGCUGGAGGAGGUGCGGGAUGCCACACGGCGAGAGAUGCACAUCCUUCGCCAGGUCGCUGGCCACCCCCACAUCAUCACUCUCAUCGAUUCCUACGAGUCUUCUAGCUUCAUGUUCCUGGUGUUUGACCUGAUGCGGAAAGGAGAGCUGUUUGACUAUCUCACAGAGAAAGUGGCCCUCUCAGAAAAGGAAACCAGGUCCAUUAUGAGGUCUCUGCUGGAGGCGGUGAACUUUCUUCAUGUCAACAACAUUGUACAUCGAGACCUGAAGCCUGAGAAUAUCCUCCUAGAUGACAAUAUGCAGAUCCGCCUUUCAGAUUUUGGGUUCUCCUGCCAUUUGGAACCUGGCGAGAAGCUUCGAGAGCUGUGUGGGACUCCGGGAUAUCUAGCACCAGAGAUCCUUAAAUGCUCCAUGGAUGAAACCCACCCAGGCUAUGGCAAGGAAGUCGACCUCUGGGCUUGUGGGGUAAUCCUGUUCACACUUCUGGCUGGCUCGCCACCAUUCUGGCAUCGACGCCAAAUCCUGAUGCUACGCAUGAUCAUGGAAGGCCAAUAUCAGUUUAGUUCACCCGAGUGGGAUGAUCGUUCAAACACCGUCAAAGACCUGAUCGCAAAGCUGCUGCAGGUGGAUCCUAACGCACGCUUGACCGCUGAGCAAGCCCUACAGCACCCCUUCUUUGAGCGCUGUAAAGGCAGCCAGCCCUGGACCCUCACACCUCGCCAGCGGUUCCGGGUGGCAGUGUGGACAAUACUGGCUGCUGGACGAGUAGCCUUAAGCAGUCACCGUUUACGGCCACUAACUAAGAAUGCACUCUUGAGAGACCCCUAUGCACUGCGGCCAGUACGGCGCCUCAUUGACAACUGUGCCUUCCGGCUCUAUGGACACUGGGUGAAGAAGGGGGAGCAGCAGAACCGGGCGGCCCUCUUCCAGCACCAGCCUCCUAGGCCUUUCCCCAUCAUUGCCACUGAACUGGAAGGAGACUCCAGUGCUAUCACAGAGGAUGAAGUUACCUUGGUACGGAGCUAGGACCUUCUCCCUGGGCAAGCCACAAAGUAGGACUCCCCAGGAGGAGAUUUUCUUUUUCUAUCAUUCCAACCACUUGGGACUCAGACCUUAGCCCUGCCUUGCCAAGUCUACAACUGAGAAUGCUGCUUGUCACAAAAACCAGCCCUUUACCCCUACCUACCUACUCUGGACUUGGAGAUCGGGGCGGAGAUGGAAGGGAACCUCUUCCCAGCAUUGUGCCUGGCCUUGCCAUCACCGCCUGUGCUGCAUCUGAAAUAAAACCUGCUACAAGCCUGGGAGAGCCAG